AUGAUGGCACAAGUAAGAAGGAAAUUAUUUUCUUAAGUAGCACGAAGAAAUUAUAUUAGCUAAUUAUAGACACAAGUGCACCUUCUGUAUGCCAUGGAUUAUUUCAAUAAGAAUAUUAGUUCUAUGCUAAUGAUCUUAAAAGCUUUGCAAGUAUUAUUUGGCCGUUGCUAUAAAAGCAGUAACAGCAUGCAGUUGGAUAAGUUGGUGCAAAAUGAUUCUGUCAAAAGGUCUAUUUAUACAAGAACUCUUGGACCACCAGUAUCAGGAAUGGACACCAUUACAGUACCUUACAUGCCAAAGUCAUCCUUCUUCCCAAAAUUCGUCGAUCCUAAAAUGAUGAUUUCAAAGAAGACAGAUAUGCUGAGCAAUUUAUUUGGCGGCUUGGGACCGGCUUAUCCUACGGACUUCAAACCAUUUAUACCAUUUGUAGCAAGUGGGUCAACUUUGUACAGUACUACUGAUGGAACGUCUUUACUAAGUAAAAAUAAUGUGGAUGAUGGAGCUAGCCUAUAUAAACGUGGAAUUUUUGGACCUUUUGGUUCCAAACCUUUUGGUCCUAUGAGUCCUAAAUUUGGACCCAUGUCUCCAUUUUCAAGCCUAAAUGUCAUACCUGAUUAUAGCACGAAAGAUGAAUUUUCCAGAAAAAAAAGAAGUGUAGAUGAAUCUGCUGUGGCAGAACUUCGAUCAAUUAUGGAUACUGCUAAGCCAGAAACAAAAGAUUUAGGACCUCCACCUCCUUAUCCCACUCUUGCACCAAUUUCUGAGGAACCAGAAGAAGAUGUGAAUAUAUUACUCAAAAAAGUAGAAGGUUCAAAAGCACCAAAACAAUAUUUACCAGGAAUGUUUGGACCAUAUGCACCUUUUGGACCUUUUGGACCUGUGGGACCUAUAGUGGAUCCAUCCAUGUUUAUAGCAAAAAAAACUACUUUUUUGGAUACUCUAUUUAAAAAUAUUGCUACUUCUACUCCAUCACCAAGUUCUACUGAAACUCCAACAGCAAAAAGUACCAUUGUACCACCUAAUUUUUGGUUGCCAUCAUCAGUAAUCCCUAAUCCAACGGAAUACAAUGAUAAAGUAUCUGAAUUCCUGGACAAGUUAUUUGACACUUUAAAAUUGAAUAAAACUACAAUGACUAGUGAUAGCGUCAAUCUUAAAAACGAUUUGGUGAGACCUAUAGUAUCUGAUGGAAGCAAUACAGAAAUAAAAAUAGCACGAUCCGUUGAUGACUUUUCAUCGAUCAAUUCCGCUAAAGAUUCAAUUGUUAGUAGCAUAUUAUCAGAAUUAGGUGACUUAAAAAGUAACAUGGUAACAACAAUGAACGAUUUGAUUUCUUAUGAAAAGUCUACGCUAUCACCAAAGAAACCAUUUAAACCUUUUGGUCCUACUCCAUGGGCAAAACCAACUGCUGAUGGAAUAUUUCCGUUUCAGCAAAAGAUAGCUGUUUUAAGUCAAGUAUUUGACAUGUUAACUGAUUUACAAAAAAAUAUUACUUUAGCGGUUCAAGACAUAAUAAACGCGAAAAUAGCAUCUACAAAUUCUCCUGGAGGAGCAUUUAAUGCCAAUUAUCCAUUAGCUAAUGAUAUUCUCUCUUCUACUGGUGGUUUGCCGAUUAACAUGAGUCUACUGGAUGCUAUUAAACAUAAAUUAGAUACAUUAGAUUAUGGAGUACCUCCUUCAUACAAUCCAAGUUAUAAUAAAUUUGGAUUACAAGUGGCUCGAUCACUGCCAAAAAAUCCUGCUUCAUUUUUUGUCUCUUAUCCUGAAGAUGUAACAAAUAUGAAAAGAGAAACUGAUGGUGAUGUUGAUAUUUUUGCAAACGAACAAAGUAAUCUUAAUCAAAAACAAGCACGUUCGGUUAAGAUGCAAAUGCACCAAGGAUAUCAGAGUUUGCCAGCUGGUUCCAUAGAAUCUGUACAGGCAGGCGGAGGAUCUACACCUGGACAUGAAGGCGGUGGGAUAAAGUUACUUGUAAGUAUUUAAGUUAAAAUGAGUUCCGUACUAAAUGUCCUUAAAAUAUUUCAAAUCUAUGUAUUGCAUACUGUACAUAGUGGAAAAUAAUUAUGAUAGUCGACAAUUUGUAUCAUUGCAAAACAAAUGAUCAUGAGAAGAGAUCUUAUGCAACGUGAUAACUUCAUUUGUUUCCAGAUACAAAUGCCUGUAUUAUCUAAUAUGCAGGUGCCUGUCUUUCAAAAUAAUAAUUACCAAAACUAGGUAUGUGUAAUUUACGCAUUUUGAAUAUUGUAAACAUGUUCGUUUGUCACAGGAUACCAAUGAUUAUGAAGAUUAUUAUAAAUGGGCCAACUGGAUGGAAUAUCUGAGAAAUGACAAUAGGGAACACAAGCAUCACAAUCAUCAUUAG